ACGUGAUGAGCAGCUGUUGGAGCGUCAGACGAGCAUGCAAAGCUGUGGUUAGCGGCAUGUCGGAGUGUGGCGUGCAGCAAAAGGACACGACGUUCACAAAAAUAUUCGUGGGCGGACUGCCGUACCACACCACUGACAAGUCCUUACGGCAGUUCUUCGAGUCCUUCGGCGACAUCGAGGAGGCUGUGGUCAUCACCGACCGGCAGACGGGCAAAAGCCGCGGCUAUGGUUUCGUGACGAUGGUUGACCGCGACGCGGCGGAACGCGCGGUCAAAGAAGCCAACCCGAUCAUCGAUGGCCGCAAGGCCAACGUCAACCUCGCCUACCUCGGCGCCAAGCCCAGGGCGAACGCGAACAACGGAUUCCCCUUAUCUGUGAGGGGAGGAGGCUACCCAACCUUUCUCCCUAGUCAAUAUGCUGGGCUACAUCAGCCGUUUAUCUACCCAUCUGCCUACCUGCCUACACCGAGCCUGAUCCUACCGCCACACCCUCCACUGUCGCCCGCUGCGGCCGCCUUCUACGACUAUGGGUCACCAUUCGCACCCGGGGCCGCAGCUGCGGCCGCCUCUGCGAACCAGGCCGCCGCCGCAGCCGCUGCCGCUGCCGAGCUGGGUUAUCCGUUCUCGACGAGCCCGUCGACUGCUGCCCUGGCUGCAGCCGCCGCCGCCAGUUACCUGGCUCCGCAACCGCCUCCGCACACCACUGCGCACCACGGCGGACCAGCUGCUGCGGCUGCCGCCGCUGCCUACUACACGCUGCAGCAGCCCCUCGGGGCGGUGACCAGCGGCACGGCUGGGUCUCUGAGCACCAUGCCGUAUGCCACCACGCAAGCUCAAGACGCCCGACUACAGUGAUGCGGGUGGUGGCUCCCUGCGCCUCGUACCGCCCGCUGCUGCCGCCGCUCACGCACACGACCGACAUUUUCAAGUAGUCUAGAGCAAUACCAAAGGAAGGGUGGGUAGACUGGGAGAUAUAUAGAAGACUUGUUGCUUCUCCACCAAGCCAGAACACCCAGAUGCUGUCAAGGUGAUUCCGGAAGAGGAGCACUGGGAUUGAAGAUGUGACUGGCGGUCUGCUCGGGCAGAUUUUUUUUCUCUCGCUAAAUCUUUUCUUUUUGCUGAUAUCAGAGUUCCUGGGGCAAGCUCCUUGCAGUAGCAAAAGGGUAAUGCUACACUGACCAGAAACCUUGUGGGUUGCAAGGCAAGCACAUGUAAGGAAGGGAUGCUGCAGUAAAAAUUAUUGCAAAGUUAUUUCACUAGCCUCUUUUUUUCUAGUCUGAGGGAAUUAGACACCCCCAUAUUUGCUCAGGAAGUGCUGCAAAUAGCCAUCUGCUUUGUUUGGGGGGUGGUCUCUGCAAGGGCACUACAGUCAAGGGGCCUGUCCGUUAUUUCAUUGCCUUCGUAAGACCUACAGUGGAAAUAACUACCAUAGUCAGUGACGAUCCCCUUUUUUUAAAUUUUUAUUUUCACUUUUCAAAGUGCACCAUGCGCCAAACUUUUACGACUACUUGCUCAACUUGCGUAGUGCCAGCAUUCCAUGUCGUGAUGUGCAAUGCUGCACACUUUUGUUAAUUGUGAAGUGAUCGUGUUUCUGACCACGACAAACGCUUGUAUUGAUUGUGGUCAAAUCUCGAAAGCUAGUCGUUACUGCAGUCACCGUGCACCGGGUUGAAUAACUUCAUUUGUGUACUCGGGCAAGUGGUCAGUGUUUGCACUUGAGCUUUAGGAACACAUCAGCGUUGCUUACGGCGGGUAUGAUUUCAUUAAUUCGUAAUUCGUUAAGACAAAUUAGGGAAAUUUGAAUGUGCUGUCACUGGUUCACCAAAAGUUUUGGUUACCAGCAUAAUUUUAAGGUUUUGCAAGGAGCUUGCUUCAGGCAGACAACGCAUAGACGGGGCAUUCCUCAGAAGUUGUAGUAGUUAGCCGAGAACGCUUGCCAAUCUCUCCCAGGGCGCCAUCGGUGAUUUCCCAGCAUGCGGCUCUGGGCGCCCUUGGCUGAACGUGCGACCCCCUCAGUGGCAGGUCACUUUAGCCAACAGCCUGUUGUUUUAUUACGCUGCCAGCAUCAAUAGCAGAAACACAGCAGCACCCUGCGUGGUGGCUGGCCUUAACGGAAAAGAACAACUACUGUCUAGUACCGCAGCGGGGCCCGUUGCUAUUUUCGUGUUUCUGUGGGCGGCUGACACACAAGACGACAUGUAUACAUGCGCAAGACACAGACCACUUAAUUAACUACACUCUCUAACGUGCAUGAUGACCGCCCUGCAUACCAAAAGGGCACAUGAUAACACUUCGCAUGAUCAUUGUUGCUACAAGCGUACGCGCAAGCCCCAAAUGCCAGCAGUGUGCUCUUUGCCUGCGAUCACGAUUGUGAACCUCUUGUUUUGUUUUCUUCAUUCUCUUUACCCUUUCUAUGGUCUAAUUAACCGGAAGUUUGUUCAUAAACUAUUUGGGAUCCACUGGCACAUCUCGUUAUGGCCAUGCAAACGUGUGACAGUUUGUGAGCACGUUUAAAACCCAAAUGAAGUUGCUAAGAACGGUGCCAGCAAGUUCUGGUUGCAUUGUUGAUUUUUCCUCCUCCUGUUGGUCUUCAAUAUCGAUACGCAAGAAGUUGACCCAAAGUCUGUUGCACAACUCGUGCAGACUUUUUUUGUUCUUUUGUUAUCUUCCUGAUGCAUUUGCAAAAGACGUUUUAGUCACGGACGCAGUGCAGAGAGCAGACUGGUGAGCAUCCAUGGGGCCGUUUUAUCACUAGCACGCAACCAUCAAUUCACACACACCUCAUUCAUUCUGCAUAUCAGUGCCUUGUCUGCUAGGGAAAAAGAAAAAGAUUAAAAAAAGAGAAACUACUCAUCGGCGAAUAAGCUUCACUUGCGUCACUUGCUGCUCAGCGAAAUCAGUCGCUUGCGCUUACAUUCUAUUUCUGUUUGUAAAUCACUUUGCGAGUGGCUAUUUCCUUGGCUCAAGUCUCACUGCUAGCAUUGCUGCAUGCAGAAUGGUACUGUUUGUUCUCUCCUAAGGGAGAGAACAUCUGAUGUAAUUGUGUAACUUCUGCUGAAGGUAGCGUCACGUGCACCUUGUGACGCAUGUGACGCAUUCACAUGCGACACGUGCCGAUGACCUAAACAUGACAAUCCUCUGUACUGCAAUGUGCCACAGCGAAUCCUGGCGGUUGUUUGAGCCGUCACAUUGUCUAUUUUACAACGGUGCUUUGAGCUAGCGAGCCACGGCAGCAAACGUGCACUGCCAGCCAGCGUGAGAGUUGGCGGUCAAAGCGAGAGCAGCAGAGUCUGAAGUGCCGAUUUGCUUUUUUUUUUUUCCCCUUACUAGCUCACAGACACACUAUUUAAAUACCGUCUAGGUUCUGUAAAAUGCCACCUCAUUGUGAUAACCAAAUGCUCUUGCAUGUUGUUGCUUUUAUUGCUUUUUUUUCUAUACAUAUUUUUUUUACCCAUCUUUCACCAAUCAUCUAUGCAUCACCUCCAAGCGACGCUCAUUCCGGACUUGCCAUUGAAAAAUUUUUUGUUUAGGACCGUUUGUUUCCUGAGAGGCAUAAAAACUAACCAACAAAAUUCUUUUGAUAAAGAUUGGCCUAACGAAGCAUUUGCGCCGCAAACCAACCUAAGAAGUAAACUUACUCUGAAUCGGUACGCGUCUCUCUUUUCUUGCUGGAAAAAGAACAUUAUGGCAUCAUCGGUGUGGUUUCGAAAGAAAAGAUGCAGGAGCUCCGAGAGCCUCUUGUGGGCGAUGUCACAAGUCACUUAGUUUGCAAAGGCAAAUUUCAAAGCGCGCGUAGUUAACUGCAGCUCGUCCGUCCCAGCACGUACAUCAUUUUCUCCCGCGUCAUCUCGUUCUCUGCGUCGAGAAGGCAGGUGAACUUGGGUGACAAGGUGCUUACAGCUCCUUUCCUCUCUCUAUCUCUCUAAAAAAAGCUAGAAACCAAAGCGAAAUUUCUGUCUCUGCCAUGUUGCUGUGCGUUAUAUACAGAACGUAUAAAAAAUGUAGCAAGGAUGAACUAUAUUUUCCACUGAAUAUUAAAGGAAGGAACAGAAAAAAGCUGCCUUUAUAUUCAACUUUGUGCUGCUGCAGCCUUCUUGCCACAUGCGAAAACCUACAGGGUCUUUCUCAAAUGCCUUACAGAAAAACACACGCAGGGAAUCGUGGGCCUGGCAAUCUGUCGGGUUUCCAACUAGCCGAAGUGUGACAGGCACUUUAUCUCAUGAACACUGGAUCUCACACCGCGCGUAUCUCUCUUUCCUUCCCUCCCCUUUUUUUUCUUAUGAAUAAAUGUUGUUGUUCGUCUACUAUUUAUCACCCCCUACCCCUUUUAUUUAUGUAUUUAUUUUUACGUUUUCCCCUCCCACACACUCCCCUUUUAUGCCCUAAACCGUUGUUGUUGAGGCGACGACUUUCAAACGAGGCACCAUCACUAGCCCCAAGCUGCGGCAAACGCACGUCUAAACGAAGUUGCGUCCACUGCGUAUCAGUUGUGUGCAUCGAAAUCGCUGCGCGCAUUUAGAAACAAGGGGGUCGGGGGAUACACAUCUGUGCCACAAAUGCUCUGUCGUCAUGUGAUCCCCAUCAGCUGUCGCUGAUGUCCAUGUGCAACGCCUGAAGCUGUGUCCCAGCCGUGACGAACGUGCCCAUGUUUGAUGAUCACCUGUAAUUGGUGGCAUAACUGGAAGCAUGAUCUGCAGGUCAUCGAAAGCUCAGCUCAGCUGCCUGUGCUGUCCAGCCGUCAGAGUGCCUGUUUAACUCUGAUCGGCACCACAAGGUUUCGGCUGCGACAGCAGCUGCGUGCAGUACGCAGGCUUUUGUUCAGUACUAUACACAGUGUCUAUUCCAAGAUGUAGGGAACAAGGUCUUUAGGACUCAAAUGCUUUCCUUAUCACGUUUGAAGCACAUGAAAAAGUAGUAGAUGGAGUGGCACAGAGCUUUGGCCGAGCCAUGAACAAGAUGGAUAUGCCACGGUUUUGGCAUUUUGAGUUUUGACACGUCUUCAAAACGUCAUCUGUAUCGAGAGGUGAACACGGAACGCUCCCCCAAUAACCCUCCUUACAUUUGUGCAUUCCCAAUCUCUGCAGUGGAGUGAUCAUGCGUUCGCCGCAGCUUUGGCAAAAAACUGGGAGCCGUUUACUCCCGGGACUUGCGGCCCUUUCCCCCGUACCCCCCCGUCCAAGUCUAAUCCAGCACCGCCGUCACAUGUAGCCGUGUAAACGCCAUUGUGCUCAAAUGAGUUCUUUCAGAAGAGGUGCUGUUGUAAGAAAACAAAAAAAACAAUGGCUGCGAUGCAGCAACGUUUCGUGGCGUGGCUUAUUUGCCACUUUGCUCGAAGAGGCUGUCCACCCAUCUCUUUUUUUUUUUUUUUUUCACUAGUGGACACUCGUUCGUGACGAACUCAUUUACAUGAAAUGGCCUUUACCCGCACUAUCGUGACACGGACACGAUGAAGGUGUACGAGAUGUAUAUUUUACACAAGGAGCGAGCGAGAGAGGAGGAACACUCAUUGUUAGAAUCUUAUAACCAGUCAGGUUUUAUAUUAUGAAACCUCAUGCACAUCACCCACACAUUGUCUCACAACAAUCAGGUCAGAGAAAUCCCAUCAGUUUGUUUCUUCUUUUUGUUUUUUAAAUCUUCCAUCCGAAUGCCAUUUACUUAUUUUAUCUCAAGCAACAGUUCUUUGUUCCUUUUACGAGUUCUCCGUGCUGUUUUUAACUCGCACAUUGCCUUAAUACAUUUCGAAAUUUGAGAUUGAAUUUGUUUUUCAGUGAAUUGCGUGCCUUAAAGGUUCCAGUUGACAAUCAAACGGCGACUCUUGUCAUUUGUGAGCUGACAAUCAUGUAAUUUUUAGAAAUUUUUAAAAAUUGGUAGUUGCCGAGAAGGCACGAAAUGCAUAACACCUUUGUUGGUUGUAUAAACGGUAAAGAGCCAAAUCUGCCUUAAGUAUAGCUUUAAGGGAGAGAGUUUAAAAAGAGUUCCUUCUGUGUCUUUUUUUUUUUUUCCUUGUUCUGCACAAAAAAUGUUUUUUUGUUCUAGUCAGUGUGCUAUAGUGUAACAGACCCUAGGAACUGUGCCAUUUUAAAUGCCAAUUUUUGUUUUCCUGACUGAACGAGGUCUUCAUUGGACAAACGUGUGAUGCAGAACUGUUCCACCCGAAUGACGUGACAUGCCUUUUGCUGGCAUUUGAAAGAAGUGUAUAGAUCUGGACUGAGCAGUGUUUUUUUUUUUUUUUUUUUUGUCGACAUUGCACUUGUUUCAUUCGUGUGGAUCAAAGACGGUGUAACUCUUGGAAACACUACAUGCUCCCAAUGUACGCACAGAUACUUAGCUGUUCCUGUUUAAUACACCCAGUGCAAGUGAAACAAAAACAAAGUUCUGCUGUCCAGUGGUGGUGUAUGCUUAUAUUGUGUUUAUCAAUGGUUAUUUUCAUGUAAAGGGCUCCUAAAAGGACAAAAGAAGGCAAAAAAAAUGAUAAAAGGAUCACUUUGUUCCGCUCUGAUGUUCUCAAUCGACCUGAUUGUGAUACUAUGUAUCCUAAAAAAGUUUCAUAAUAAAGUCCGUACACUUGGUUA